CCCCGUACCAUAUAAAUACGUUCAAUUUUGCCCUCAUAGAGGCAUUAAACUUCCAGCCGAAGCACCAAGAUGAGUCUCACUCGCAAGGACAAGGACACAGUCAAGGCCUUCUGGUCUCUCAUGUCUUCGAAGUCGGACGACAUCGGCAAUUUCGCCCUGUCCAGGAUGCUGGUCGUGUACCCCCAGACCAAGACCUACUUUGCCCACUGGAAGGACUUGAGCCCCGGCUCCGCUCCCGUGAAGAAGCAUGGGAAGACCGUGAUGGGCGGCAUUGCUCUAGGUGUGAAAAACAUCGACGACAUGGUCGGCGGUCUGCUUGAUCUCAGCGAGCUGCACGCAUUUAAACUGAGAGUGGACCCUGCCAACUUCAAGAUCCUUGCCCACAACAUCCUUGUGGUGCUGGCCAUCAUGUUCCCCAGUGACUUCACCCCUGAGGUCCAUGUGGCCCUGGACAAGUUUUUGGCUGGCCUGGCUCUCGCCCUGUCUGACAAGUACAGAUAAACAUCACCAACAGCCAUCAGGAUGUGGAAUUAUCUCCCUCUCUUUGGGAUAAAUUUCAAUAAAUGAUUAAAAGCAAUAAAACAU